AUGAAUAAAAUACGGAUGAGGUUCAGCAGAUCGCCGCCAUCUAGGCCACCAGGCGAAGGAUAUGUGGAGUUUGGGGAAUUUAGGACGGAGAUGACUGGUGUUAAGAAAGUGGGCACUUUCGCUGGUGUCUUCUGCCCAGUAGUCCUAUCUAUGUUUAGUGCGUUAAUCUUCAUUAGAAUGGGUUACCUGGUGGGGAAUGCCGGACUGUUAGUGACAUUAGGACAAUUUGGGUUAGCGUACCUUCUUGUUUUCUUCACUGUAACUUCAAUUUGUGCAAUAUCAACAAAUGGUGCCGUUAAAGGCGGAGGAGUUUAUUUUAUGAUAAGUAGAACAUUAGGUCCAGAGUUCGGUGGCGCGAUCGGGACUCUAUUUUUCUUGGCCAAUGUGGUGUCCAGCGCACUAUGCAUAUCUGCUUGUACUGAAGCCUUGGUGGAGAAUUUUGGACCUAACGGGUACCUGGUGGGGUCGAGCCCAGGUCUGCCGGAUGGCUGGUGGUUCCGCUUCCUGUACCGCUCGCUGCUGAACGGGCUGGGGCUCGGUGUAUCGCUGGCGGGCGCUUCGCUGUUCGCGCGCACCAGCCUCGCCAUCUGGCUCACCAUGCUGGUCUGCCUCGCCAGCGCCUUCCUCAGCUUCUUCCUCACCAGCCCGGCGCAGAUCGAGAAGCCGGACACGAAUCAGCUGGUGAACGUGACUCACUUCAACUACACCGGGCUGAGUUCGGAGACGCUGUAUUCAAACCUGUACUCGCAGUACGGACGCGACUACACCACCACCGACGGCGAGUGGGUCGACUUCGCUUCGGUUUUCGGUGUUCUGUUCACUGGAGUGACCGGCGUCAUGGCCGGCGCUAAUAUGAGUGGAGAGUUGAAAAACCCGUCACGCAGCAUCCCUGUGGGCACUCUAACGGCGUUACUGUUCACGGCACUGUCGUACGCGGCGCUGAGCAUCCUCACAGCGGCGACGUGUUCACGGGAGCUGCUACAGAACAAUUACGUUUAUCUGCUGCCCAUCAAUAUCUGGCCACCGUUUAUUGCUGUUGGUAUGUUGAUGGCCACAUUCUCCGCGGGGCUGUCCAAUCUGAUUGGUGCGUCUAGGGUGCUAGAAGCUUUGGCUAAAGAUAAUAUAUAUGGGUUUCUUCUCAGACCAAUGGCCUCGCACAACGACAACCCGGUUAUGGCUGUAUUAGCUUCCUGGAUCUUAGUUCAGAUUGGCAUUAUGGCCGGAUCUCUAAAUACGAUUGCUCAGGUGAACUCUGUGCUUUUCAUGACAAGUUACUUCGCUAUUAACUUGGCUUGCUUGGGCCUCGAUCUCGCUUCAGCUCCUAAUUUCAGGCCGACGUUCAAGCAGUUCUCGUGGGCGACGGCGGGCGCGGGGCUGGUGGGGUGCGCGGCGCUGGUGUUCGCGCUGCGACCCGCGUACGCGAGCGGCGCCGCGCUGGCUUGCUGCGCGCUGGUAGUGGCGCUGCACGUGCUGUCGCCCGCCGCCGCCGACCCCACCUGGGGCAGCCUGGGCCAGGCGCUCAUCUUCCACCAGGUGCGCAAGUACCUGCUGUUGCUAGACCCGCGGCGCGAGCACGUGAAGUUCUGGCGGCCGCAGAUGCUGCUGCUGCUGGCCUCGCCGCGCCAGGCCGCGCCGCUCAUCGACUUCGUCAACGAUCAGAAGAAGGGAGGUUUAUUCGUCAUCGGGCACGUGAGGGUCGGUCAGCUAGACGGCAGCGGAGAUCCACUUGCCGCCGAGCAGAAGUACUGGCUCAAGUUGAUCGAUCACCUCAAGGUAAAAGCUUUCGUUGAGCUCUGCCUGGCGGAGUCAGUUCGUAGUGGAGCUGCCCAGUUGACAAGAUUAUCCGGUUUGGGCGCGAUGAAGCCUGAUACUGUGUUGCUUGGCUUCAGAGAUGAUCAGCCGCCCAAGGAUUUCUUUAGAGACCCCCAAUCGCCGUACAAAACGAAUGAUUUCGACCUGGAGACUGGCGAGCAGAUAUUCCCCACACGGCGCACGGCGAACACGCGUCCGUCGGCCGCGGAGUACGUGCGCAUCGUGUCCGACGUGCUGUGCGUCAACAAGAACGUGUGCCUGUGCCGGCACUUCCACAAGCUCGACAUGGCUGCUGUCGAACGGAAGUCGAGCGCGUUGCGGUACAUCGACGUGUGGCUGGUGGAUCCGCUGCGUGCGUCGUGCGAGGACGCGUUCACGGUGCGCGCGCUGUUCGCGCUGCAGCUGGCCGCCGUCGUGCGCUCGGCGCGCGGCUGGCAGCACCUGCGCCUGCGCGCGCACUUCGUCACAGCCGCCGCGCACGGUCAGUAUACAUUCACGUUCACGGUGCGCGGGCUGUUCGCGCUGCAGUUGGCAGCCGUCGUGCGCUCGGCGCGCGGCUGGCAGCACCUGCGCCUGCGCGCGCACUUCGUCACAGCCGCCGCGCACGGUCAGUAUACGUUCACGUUCACGGUGCGCGCGCUGUUCGCCCUGCAGCUGGCCGCCGUCGUGCGCUCGGCGCGCGGCUGGCAGCACCUGCGCCUGCGCGCGCACUUCGUCACAGCCGCCGCGCACGGUCAGUAUACGUUCACGUUCACGGUGCGCGGGCUGUUCGCGCUGCAGCUGGCCGCCGUCGUGCGCCCGGCGCGCGGCUGGCAGCACCUGCGCCUGCGCGCGCACUUCGUCACAGCCACCGCGCACGGUCAGUAUACGUUCACGUUCACGGUGCGCGCGCUGUUCGCCCUGCAGCUGGACACCGUCGUGCGUUCGGCGCGACUGGCAGCACCUGCGCCUGCGCGCGAACUUCGUCACAGCCACCGCGCACGGUCAGUAUACGUUCACGUUCACGGUGCGCGGGCUGUUCGCCCUGCAGCUGGCCGCCGUCGUGCGCUCGGCGCGCGGCUGGCAGCACCUGCGCCUGCGCGCGCACUUCGUCACAGCCGCCGCGCACGGUCAGUAUACGUUCACGUUCACGGUGCGCGCGCUGUUCGCCCUGCAGCUGGCCACCGUCGUGCGUUCGGCGCGACUGGCAGCACCUGCGCCUGCGCGCGAACUUCGUCACAGCCGCUGCGCACGGUCAGUAUACGUUCACGUUCACGGUGCGCGGGCUCUGUGGUACUUGUAGAGGGCGGGCGGUCGUAUUCCGCGGAGGCUGCGCUGGAGUCGCGCGCGGCCGAGCUUGCACCGGGCCGGCCCGUGGACGAGCGCCUGCGCCAGCUGCUCAAGCUGCUGCGGAUCGAAGCCACGGUGCACUGCGUGACGGAAUGGCCGGCGUUAGAAGAUUACGGUCGGUGGGCAGACUCCGACGACAAUAGCAUAUUCCACAGGAUACCUUUGAGUUAUUUACAUAAGGUGAAUAGUUUGAUGCGAGAGAGAUGCGAAGAGGGCACGGCCGUAACUUUCGUACAGCUUCCGCAACCGCCGCGUUUGCCCGCCAACGCGUCAAAUGACGACGAAGCCAUCAGCCAACAGUAUUUAAAGGUAUUAGAUGAACUGACGAAGGAUCUUUCGCCGACGAUACUUGUAAGAGGACUAAAAUCCGUCACAUCGACAGCUUUGUAA